GGAGGACGACGACGACGACGGUCCGCAAACACUUGGGCUCAAGCCCGCCCCUUUGUUGUAUUUCGUUCCCGCCCCCUCGCCCGGGGCUCGCGGCGGCUGCGCCAUGUCGCUGGGAGGCCUUCGCAGGUUGGCCUCGGAGCGGGAGUUCGACGGAGUCGCCCCGUCCGAAGUGCUGGCCGACUUCCAGGGAUGCCGCAGCCGCGCACGCCUGCCCGCGACGCUGGGCGUGCCGCGGCAACGCUCGUGGAACCCCAAAAAAUGGCUGCGCUCUUCCGACCCUGUGGCGCCCUGGGCUGAGGCUCUCGAGGUGGCCUGUCCUCACGAGCUGGCGGCCCACCAGGACGCCAACGACCGCCGCCUUGAGGAGGCAGCGAUCACCGAGGCCCCGACGGCGCGCAGGAGGAGCUGGGCCAUCGGCGGCGCUUUCCGCCGCAAGGCCGGCCUCGCCGGGAGGCUGGACGGGCAGGCCCUGGCGCUCCAGCGCAGCUGGUGCGACGCCGCCACCCCCGCCCGCAGCGCCUCGCCGCGGCGCGGCCGCGGCCGGGAGGCCCAGGAGAUGUCCAGGCUCCUGGAGGGGCUGAUCCAAGAGCACGUAUGGGGGCUGCUGCACGAUCAGAGCGAGGCGGAAGACGCGGACGACCAGCUGUGCAUCGCGCUGGAGCCGGCCGCGGGGCCCAAGAUCGAGUUCACAGUCGUGCCCGCCAGCCCGGGGAAGCGCCGCACGCUGCCGCCGGUGCCGGAGAACGGGGCCCUGGCAUGGUGCGACGCGGCGAUCGCCCUGUCGCUGGAGGACUGCACUCUGGAGUCGCACCGCAUCCUGGCCUCGCUGGCGCCGCAGGUCCUGGAGCCCGUGGGGCCGCGGUGCACGGCCUCCGCGCCCGCCGGUGCGGGCCGCGCCGCCUCCACGGCGCCGCACGGGCGCCCCCGCGCGGCGGCAGGCUCCCCGCGGAGGAGGGGGGUCGUCUCCCCGUGGCCCGCAGCGGCCGCCCGCUGAGGGGCGGGGUCCCUCCGCGCGUGGAGCCGGGGCCUCUGGCGAGGGCCAGCGAGCGACAUCGUCAGGUGUCUCGGCCAGUGAGGGCCGCCGACUGAGCGGUGCGGAUCAGCGCUGCGACCCUGGGCGACUUUGAACCCAGGCGUUUCGAGCUGACCCAAUUGCUUCAGUCAACGAUGCGUCGCCCGAGCGCGGUUACGCGCAACUUCGCGACCCCCGCGGCCCCAGGGUUCUCUUCACGGUGACACAGGAAACUUAACCGAUAAUGCAGGACAGUGUACUUCCCCGACGUGCAGUCUACCGCCCACGUUGAGAAAGUUCGUGUUGCCCUCCACGAGGCGCGCUGCAGCGGAAGACUUCGCAUUGCAGCCCGCGCGGCAUCGCUUCGCACGGUACGCGCCGACUUCGACAACGCGCAGCGGUUGGGAUCCCGGUUGGCUUGGACGUCGUACAAUUAUUUCUUCUCUAUCGAUGCUGGUCUUAGGAAGUUCACCGGCAUGGGGGCCAAGACGGCGGAGCUGCUGGACACAUUUUUAGAGGAGUCAGCGAGCAGGAGGGCUGCCCCGUCGGUGGGCAGCCCCCGGGCUUUGACUGCUGCACGGCCUUCUUUCGUCGCGGCGUCGCCGACGGCCACACGGCGCUCCCUGGACUCCAUAUGGCGAAGCCCCGCGCUCCCUGGACAUCGAUGCCUCCGACCCCUGCGCUCCCUGCAGGCCAUCGCGAACCUGAUGCCCCCGAUGCGUCCUCGCCGCAGUCCUGCGGGCCAACUUUGAAGGGGCCCAAGGACACACACGAAAUACAC